GUUGAAAGAACCUUUGACUUCGCUUUUCGCGCGCCAGCGCUUUUCGUGGCGUGGGAAAUCUAUGCCACGGCUCCAGCUGGUGCCUUUGCAUAGCCAAGAUGCACCCUUCAAGCUUCCAUCGGUUGGUACAGUGACGCUUGGGCGCCGGCCCAACAACACGCUGGUAUGCAACGACAUCUCGGUCAGUGGGAAGCACUGUGAGAUCUCCGUGGAGUCUGGUCUCUUCAAACUGUCGGACUGCAGCACCAACGGCACUUACAUCAACGAGGAGCGCAUCGUGCGGGGCGAAACUGCACCGCUCCGCGCGGGCGAUGUGAUCGCACUCACAAAGCCACCAGGUGUUGACAGCACCGUCGAGCCUGCUGUGCGCGUACAAUUCCGCGUGGAGGCGGAAGGAGGUGAUGCGGAGAGAUGGCGAGCGCCAGGUGUGCCGUCGGUCUCGAGCUGUCCAGCUCCACCGAAGCGGGCAUCCACCACGGCAGAAGGCUUUGCACAGGAUUUGUUGUUGCAGGAGCAACAGCGCAAUGCGAAGAUCACCGAAGAGCUGCUGCUGGCGCGUCGGCGCCUGGACGAGGAGCGCUCGAAGAGCGAGACCUUGACGAGGGACCUGCAGCAGGCCCAGCAGAGCUUGGAGGAGGAGCGGCGACGGCGCUCCAACGCCUGCGAGCAGCUGCCGACCCUCCAGGCUGAGGUGGCAAAGCUGAAGGAUCAGUCCCAACAGCUGCCAGAAAUGAGGUCGGCCCAGGCUUCGCUACAGCAGAAACAUGAGCGACUUGAAGUCGAAGUCACCAUGGCGGCGCAGAAGGCUUCUUCAUUGGAGAUAGCUGUGCAGCGCUUGAGGGACGAGAAGAAAGAGCUCACAGACAAGGGCGAUGCUCAGACGCUGGAGAGUGCCCAAGAAGCUCUUCGACAAGCGCAGGAGGAAGCAAACCGCCUGGAGACGGAGGCGAACGAGGCCCAAGAAAAGACCGAACUGGCACAGAAGGAGAUGGAGAAGCUUCGGCAGGAGCUGAAUGCCUCGAGGGAUCAGCAGGCCGUGCUGUUGAGCGACAUGGCACGCGCCGAGAAGAGCCGCUCCGAGGCCGAGGAGCUCUUGGCGAAGGCAAUGCGCGAAAUCCAGUUGUUGGAAGAGCGAGUUGCCAGGCACCGAAGGGAGGCGGACGAGCUUUCGGCCGCGACGGCGCGACAGCAGCAGGAGCAGCAGUUACAGGUCCAAGCAGCAGAAGAGAUGCGGCAGGCUUGUGGCCGCUUAGCCGAAACCUUGGGACCGGGUGGUCCUGUGGAGUGGCUGAAGGCCUUGCCGGCCUUGCCGGCCUUGCCACAAGGUCAGGCGCCAGUGGCCACAGAGGUGCCGCCGGUGCAGCCGGUGGAGCCGCCAGCGGUGCCACAACCGGCGCCGGAGGCUUCGGCGGCUCCACCGACUUCGCAGCCCAGAGAAAGUCCAGGUGCGGAGCUCGUCGACUCGCAAGGCUCAUCGCAGGAGGCACCUUCCCAGCCGAGCCAACCGCCUCCCCUGCCACCGCCUGCGCAGCCGCCUGACACACAGGAGACAGGCGCCGCUCUCGGCCCCGUUGCCCUUCCGGCGCCUUCGGCGGAGCUCGUCGAAGCCGAAGCGGCCACGUUCGUGGACACCGCGGGGCCCGGCGCAGCUCCACAGCGCCUUUGGAGCGUGGCGGUUCUGGGUGGUACAGCAGUUGAAGAUAGCCUCGAUGGGCUUUUGGAAGCCAGCCCCAAACGGCGCCGAGUCUCUGUACACUAGUUCGCUCCAGCUCCAGAAGUCCUGCUUUGGUUCACAAUCAUGAAAGAAUGGCGCAGAAGAAGAUGCAAGAUGACAUGGAACCAACCAAAGAUCAUUUAGUUGAACUUAUUGACUGGAAAGGAGAAAGGCUUGGGCUUGUCAGGCCUGCUCUUUGUACAGUUGGGGCCCAAAUGCAUGGCUCAAAUUUGAGCCGUAUGCGAUCGGGGUUUGUUUGAGCCUCAUGAAACAAAACUACACAAUUAUUCAUUGUUAUUAAUGAUCUAUAAUAUCACGAAAGGUAGC